AUAUCAUUUGCGGCCGCAAAGAGACGCGGCGUGGAACAGGAGAGCCGGCAAGGCGAGCGGACAGGCCUAAGCGGGGUCAGCAGCCGGUGGCCGUAGCAAUAAAUUACUCCGCCCCACCGGCUCUCGGCCUCCUCGCUAUGCUCUUGGUCAACACCGCGACCGCCCCACCCCGAGCGCCAGUUCGACGGUCAUUUCCGUCCAAUCGAAGUCGGAGGAUCCAAUCCUCAAAUCCUCGACGCGUCCGCGUUUUCAUCCCGGAGAUUUUUUCCGUUCCAAAUCUUGCGUUUUUGGGUGUCGAUUGACGGUUUCUUGGACCGCAGGCGCCGGGUCCGUGUUCUUGCGGGUUGGGGGUCAAUCUGGCGCCAUCUUGAUUGGAUUCGAGAGGUUGGUUCCCCCAACUCGCGUUCAUUCCAGGCACCUUCGUGAGCCGCUGGUCAAACUGGUCGGUCUCCGGCGUUCUCAGUUUCGUGCUGCUUUCCGUUGCUUUGGCUCGUCUGGUCCUGGCCUGAUUUGGAAAAUUUCGUUUGGCAGCUAUCUCUAAUCUAGUCAAGGCCCAACCAAGAUUUGAAGCUUUACCAGUUCUUGGAUCGGUUUCUUGGGGCAAUAACCCAGUUCUUCUUUCAUAUAUGGCGCUCCAAUAUGUUCUGUAGCAUACCGUCUGUGCAUCUCCGGUGAGAAGUUCUUGUUUUGGGGAGCUUGCGGUUUAGUUCCUGGACAGCUGAUUUUGGCCGCCGGAGCGAUGGCGUCGAGCACCAGUGAGAUGCCUGAGGUGAAGGAGAAGCUAAAGAGGUCCGGGAGCUUUGGAAGCAACGAUACCUAUGUGCGCGCCGACAAGAUUGAUCUUACAAGCCUCGACAUCCAGCUAGAGAAGCAGCUGACCAAGACCUGGGGCAAGGCUAAUCUCAAGUCCCAGGGGCCUAAGGAGGACUGGGAGAUUGACCUUGCUAAGCUGGAGAUCCGCUAUGUGAUCACUCAGGGGACAUAUGGCACGGUGUAUCGCGGCACGUAUGAUGGCCAGGAUGUUGCAGUGAAGCUGUUGGAUUGGGGAGAAGAUGGUUUUGCCACAGAAGCUGAAACUGCCACUUUGCGAACAUCAUUUAAGCAGGAGGUUGCUGUUUGGCACAAGCUCAGCCAUCCUAAUGUUACAAAGUUUGUUGGUGCAUCUAUGGGGACCACAGACCUUAAGAUUCCAGCCAACAGUUCGAAUGGUGGUGCACGAACUACUAACUUGCCAGCAAGAGCAUGUUGUGUCGUAGUAGAAUAUCUCGCUGGAGGAACUUUGAAGCAAUAUCUCAUAAAGAAUAGCCGUCGGAAACUCGCUUACAAAGUUGUGGUUCAGCUUGCACUGGAUUUGGCCAGAGGAUUGAGCUACCUGCACUCCAGAAAAAUUGUACACCGGGAUGUGAAAACUGAAAACAUGCUACUUGAUACACAGCGAAACCUUAAGAUUGCUGAUUUUGGUGUUGCUCGCGUUGAGGCUCAGAAUCCAAAGGAUAUGACUGGUGCAACCGGCACACUUGGUUACAUGGCCCCGGAGGUUCUUGAUGGUAAACCAUACAACAGGAAGUGUGAUGUUUACAGCUUUGGCAUUUGCUUGUGGGAAAUCUAUUGUUGUGACAUGCCGUACCCAGACCUUAGUUUUGCAGAUGUCUCAUCUGCUGUUGUUCAUCAGAAUUUGCGCCCAGAUAUUCCCCGCUGCUGUCCAAGCGCUUUCAUGAAUGUUAUGCGGAAAUGCUGGGAUGCAAAUCCUGAUAAACGUCCUGAUAUGGAUGAGGUGGUGCAGCUUUUAGAGGCUCUUGACACGAGCAAAGGCGGUGGCAUGAUACCGGAUGGCCAAUCAUCGGGAUGCUUAUGCUUCACCAUGGCUCGUGGUCCAUAGAUGCUUUUCAUGAUACUCUCUUCCCUCGGCCACAUUUUGCCCAUGUAAAUGACUGCGCCACGACACGCUUUCCAUUGUUACUUGUGCAGUCAGUUCUUAUAGUUCUCCACAGUUGCCUUGCCAUCAUUGUUCGUCAAUGGCAGCUCUCAUUCGAACUGUUGCUGUUGACACUCUUUUCUAUACCAGUGUGAUGUUGUAAUUGUGAUUCUAAAGAUGGUUCAUGAUAUAGGACUUAACUCUUGAAACUGCUACCUUUAUAUGUCCAUUUGGUGCCAUUGGUGAAUAUAUAUCUUUAUCUUUUCGUAA